AUGAUUUUCGCAUCGUGGGACGGGUUCCAGGGAAAAUUGGCAAGCAAAGAAACAGUCUUCAUGAUAUUUGAGGGCGCCAUGAUUGCGAUUGCUUGCAUCUGCCUAAAUAUUGGCCAUCCAGGCUUGUGGUUAGGAUCUCCUCCGAAAUUGCGGACUGGCGAAGUUGACACCGAGUUCAAUACGGUUCAUGGGAGGACAUAG